AAGCGCCGGAAGAGCGAAGCUAAACGAACCAGGCAGAGUAAAGAUGUAAAUGUGUAUAAAAAGGUGAAUUUAAAUCAAUUCUCUUGAUUUAACUCGUUUCCCAGAGUUAAAAGCAGUGACUGGUCGGAGUUCUGUCGAGGAUGAGUUCAUAUUAAUUUCUCCGGACGUCUGGUCACCUUAUAUUGGAAAGAUACAGAUGGACAAAAAAGAACAGAACAGAAGAUGUGAAACGGGAGAGUGGAGGACAUUCAGCAAGUGUGCAGAGAAGCGUCUCACCCGUCAAGAGGACAGUUUCACGCCACAUGUAUUCGUCAUCAUCAUCAUCAUCAUCAUCAUCCAGAUAAGUGCAGAGAUCACACCAAACAUCUUCACCUCAUUUUGGGGUGUAGCAGAACAAAUUUUUUUUGUAUCAGUACAUUGGAGAGGACAUUAAUAAAUAUUGGAUGUGUCCCUCUCAUUAUACAUUUAUAAUUAAAGCCCUGAGACACGUGGUUGCGAGUCACCGACCUAGCGCGGUAUAACUACGUGACGGUGCUUCGAAGAAAUCAAACCGAUGGCGUUGAGUUUGAAUUAAGUGUUAAUGAGAUUCACCAGUCCCGACACAUUGACUUAACAUUAGUCAGAAACCAGGCCGCUCCCCCGUACAGUAACUCAAUGGAAUAAAUGCUCUGGGAAUCAUCCAGAAACUCUCAGGAACCUAAAGAGAGAAGGAAGCCGUAAAAUCAUAAAAGGUUGACUUCACUCUUCUGAAUGAUUCGCCUUAUUGAAACAGCAUGUUGAAGCCGGACCAUCAGAGAGACGCUGGAGUGAUGCAAUAUGGCCAAAGCUCCUCCACAGCCAGCGGCCUGAGUCUGCAACAUUAUGUGCUUUAGUGUUGUGCAGCAGGAAGUGUAGCGUGCAGGGUGGGUUCGGUUGGAUGGUUGGUGGGCGGGCGAUCCAAUUGAACAAAUAAAAAUCACUAAUGGCCCCGUUCACAGAUUGAGAAGUCUGGCGUUGUUUCCCCCGCCUGGCACCCACUCCCAACUGCCUUCAGGAUGGCGAGGCUUGUGGGGGGGGAAGUGAGAUGAAGGAGGGCGUUUACAAAUUUAGUCUGGGAGGAAACGGGCUUAGCACUGUGGCUGGCUGGAGCCGGUGCCGCUUUUGGUUUUGGCGGUUGUACCAAGUCCAGAUCUAAAUGGAGGUUUUAGUGUGGCGACCCCGAGCCGUUUGAGGUGUGGUCUGACUCGGUGCGAGGCCCUGCACAGCAUCACACACGUCUACUCAGGCUCCAGUGCCUUUAAGCUGGAGGCGGAGGGGAACCAUCACACCAGGCAGCUCCAACCGCCCCCCAUUAUAGAUGAUGAUCUCACCGCGGCCAUUACAGACACAGAGAGCGGCCACCUAAGAGCUGCACGGCUCACACAAUGUGACUGUGUUAGAGCAGGAAAUCAGACCGUAAAAACAUAUACGUUCAUAAAGAUAUUAUCAGUGUUAGAUGAGAGCUCUUACAUCCUAGAACGUCACCGUAUUUUUGGCUCGUCAUGCAUAUUUGAUCUGAAUUUAUUAGAUCAGGGGUUCUUGAAGUUUUGCUGACUUUUUUAGGGAGGGAAAACCUAUGAACGUGAUGUAGGAUUUGUGUUUGGUCUCAAUUGGUUUCGACUGGUUUAACAUUAAACUCCUUGAGAAGCAAAUUCACCUGUUUGCUGACAAGACUGAUCACUUUAUCCAUCUCACAAGGUCCAAAGAAGUUAGAGGUAAUCCAUUUUCCCUUAAACCUACAGUGUUUUUUUUCCAUGGUGGCCUUUCGAACUAAUUUCCACAUCAGAAGGGGAAAUAUAGAGUGCUGAGAAACAGCAGAGUUGACAUUGUGCUGAUGUCAAAGAUGUCUUUGGACUGUACAGCAGAAGAUCUUUACUGAACUUAGCACAGUAUCGAGGUGGCUCAUAAUUCCACUUUGAACCACAAAGUCCGCAAAUAGUCUGUUAGUCCACGUAGUUUCGGUCGGGAGAUGUUUUGAAGUGGUGAGUUCGCUGCUCAGUCUAACAAGUAAACAAAUUAACUCCCAAAAUGGAUCUCGACAAAGCAGCAACGUGAGGUCAAGUUAUCUAGCUGACUCAACUGGGACUAAUCAUCUCCGUUGCGAGGUCAUUACUCACGGUCAGCAUUCUCGCCUGGGCAAUAAAUACGGUUUCAUUACAUACAGAAGUCUACGGAUAUGACUGUUUAUUUUGCAGUUAUUAGUCAGACCCAAUGUAUUUCCAGGGAAAUGGAGAAAAAUAACACAGUCAAAACGUUUUAUAUUUUAAGAGAACAUGCCAUGAUUGGCAUGACAGAAAUAAAUGCAGGACAUAGCCUAAUAUUCCUGGGAGGCCGCCACUGGCCCGCAGGCCGCACGCUGAAAGAAGGGUCGUCUAUUUUCAUCUAUCCGUAGCAGCCAGAUGAUGCUUUAAUUUAGCUUAACACAUAGUAAAUUACUCAAACUGGUACAACAAAGAUUUCCCACAACGGCAGUAAUUUUCGUUGAUAAAUUAGAAAUGAUUUCACUUAAAGAUUGGCAACACUUAAACAGCUCAGUGAAGCAAAGUGUGACUGAAGAAAAUGGUAGUUUUGAUUUCAGCAAAAGUGAAAAGUUGCAGUUUUUUAACAAAAUAAGCUACAACUUCAAAGAAUGACAGUUCUCUCACAAUUUCAACAAACAGCAAACUGUUGAGUCUGCAGAUGAGUAAAUAAAAAAUGGUUUUGUCUGUCGCAGCCUCCGUGACGUGAUUUAAAAAAAUAACAGACACCAUCGAAGCUGUCAACAUUUUUCCUUUAUCCCUUCAUGCUGUCAGUCCCUGAGAAGGCUGCUGUUCUCUUCAUGUAAUCGAGCUGUAAAUGGAGACAACAUUUACUGUCCCACUUCGUCGUAUAUCACUGACAUCCCGCCAUCGUCCGUACGGACAAUAUUCCUGACAACCGCUGUAAAUCUGCGGCUGAAGUCUGAGAGGAAACGAGCAGCGACGACAGUUCCCUCGCCGCCGGCAGAUGUUCAUCUCAACACUGCAGCGCCGUCACUGUCGCCACUCUGUUAUUAGCCACAGGAUGAAAACAGGGAAACAUGUAAUUCAUCUCUGAACCUCGUGCGCACGUCCAGAUAUGCAAGUUCAUGAAGAAUCACAAUUUUUUGCAAGUGUUAAUGAGUCAGUCGGUGGCUUCACUUUUGCUGCUUUUCUUCUGAAACACUCCAAAUUUGUUGGUGAAAUUUUUAUUUGUUUUCGGAAAAGCAAUUUACAGAAAUAAUUUUGUCCUCAAACACUUCCCGUACUCGUAGGCAAUGAUCUUUAAAUUAUAUCCUUUUUAAAUUCAUUCCAACUUUCAUGCCAGCUAUCGUUUUUUAUGAGAGCAGAUUUUUUUUUUUUCAAAGCAUGGAAAUAUUAUAUCUGAAGAGACUCAGACAUUUCCAUCCAGGUCAGAAAUCUUUGCUUUAAAAUGCCAGAAAUCCUGCAGGUUUAUUUACCAGGAUGACAUUUGCUAUUACUAACAGUCUUAUUGAGGAUAAAUUGGCUUUACUGCUGUUUGAAAACACAUCAAUUCUGAUCUUACUGUGCUUGGCUGCAGGCUUUAUAUAUCAAGAGAGGCUCACUGAGUGUUAUACGCUCUGAAAUGUUUCCAUAUUAGCCAGAGAGAGAGAAAAAAAAAAAAAAAAAAAAAAAGGAGGAAAACGUCUAAUAAUCAUUACACACACACUGGGUCUUUUUAAACGCUCGUAUUAUAGCCGAGACGGCUGCGAGCUACAUCAAAGCUUUCUGCAAUAAAGCAUAUAACACAUCGGGGGCCGUUAAAGUUAAAGUGCAGUGAGAUUGGCAAAGAAAUCAACUUAAAGGAUGAAAUGUUAUUCAGUUCAAUCCAGUCUGUCUGAAAAUCUAAUGCAACUAAUACUUCUAUUUAUUUAUCAAAUAUAUACAUUUUUUGUUUUAAAUACUUUUUGGGCAAAAUGUCACUUUAAUCUCCUGUUUAACUUCCAUAAAAUAAUGUAUAUACACAUUAAAUUAAGGGUAAAGCAGUUGUAAGCAGCUAUUAGGACAUUUAUGUGUCUUUUAAUGUGUAGUUCACAAUUACAACUUCUGUAAUGAAGUAAUUAAUGAUACGAUAACUGUUUUACUGAGUUGUAGUUGUUGAUAAAUACAUUAACUGCUCACAUACGUUCUAGUGUGUCAUCUAACAUGUAUUAAAUCUAUGAAUUCUGCUUAUAAAUGCAAUUUAGAUGGAUUUGAAGUAGUGUUGCUGUUUUUUUUCAUGUUUUAGGAGCUUUAGAGGACUCAUGUGACUCAUUAAUGUCAAGGCUGCACUAUUUUUCUUGUGGAAUCAGACAGUUGUCGUAAACUCAAGUACAAGUAAAGAUAUGCUGCUGAAAUAAUACACACACAAAACUGACACAUAUAAUUAGUGCUUGAGUAAGUAUCUGAUAAAGUAAAUGUACUUAAUUAUCAAAAACAACUUUAUGACAGUAAAUACCAAAAGUGCGAUAAAGUGAAUUAUACGUGUGUACACUGUAUGUAGUUGUAUUUUUGUGAUAUUUAUAAUUAUCACACUGGCAACUCGUUACUGUAACUACCCCAGUUAGCAUUUAUAAACUGUAUACAUACAUUUAAUAAAUGGUUUGUAACACACUUUAACAUAAUCAAACACAGCAAUAAGGGCUAUUUAUGAUUUUGGGCAACACUUUAUAAUAACCAUCAUAUAAGAAUAGUAAAUUUAUAGUUAGUUACACUUUAGUUAAUAGUUAUUUCACUGUUAUUAAACAAUUCAGUGCUUUAUUGACGGUCUAUUAAGUUAAACUGAUGUUUACACACCUUCACAACUGUUUAUCAAGUGAUUCAUAAAGUGAUAAAUUGUUUGUUACCUAGAAAUUUACCUCAGUAUUUGUCCACAUUAUGACUCCCCACACAUGAAGAAUUACUUUAUAUAAAUACAGCUGUUUUACUUUAAUGUCUUUAAUUAUCUAUUAUGGUUAUUUAUCCUCAGCCUCCACUCACAGGUGUCUAGAUGAGUUUCAGUCAUUAAUGAAUACAUUUAUAAAAACACACGUGUAUCUGCUCACAUGCAAUCUACUAUUUUAUUCUGCUUAUAAAUGCACAAUUUGGGAGAUUUAAAGUUGUUUUAGGAGCUUUUAAAGACACCCACGGCACAUUUAUAACGAGGCCGCACUCAUUUUCUGUGAUAUUAUCUUUUGAUUAACUCUCUAUAAAGCCAGAGUUUAUCACUGCAGCAAAAUGAAAGUUUAUCAAGGAGAGAGGUUUAUUUUCUAGUGAAAGUCGAACCCACAUCAUGCCACAAAUGGCCGCGUAAACUUUAAAAGGUCUGAAGUGGUGGUUGCAUGUUUGUUUGGUGACGGUGGCGCUGAGCUGUGUUCGCUGUAAUCCUUCCUGCCGGCCUGACUGACAGCCACAGGUUGUGCAGCAGGUCUACCUUCGGUUUCUGUCUACUGUGAAGGAAAGCUGCUGCUCUGACCUCACCGCCCUGCGAUGGCGUCUCGAUCAUCAGAUCCUACUCACCGUUUUAACCUCUUAACCUCUUUAUGUUCCCGUCUCCAUUUCACAUGUCAUCACAUGCAAAGUCACAAAAAACAUGAGCUUUUGGAUGCAGGUACAGGUGGUUUUACAAUCAUUGAUUCGUGCAGUUUUGUGCAAUAUUUUCAGGUUAGGUCAUUUUCAGGUCCAAAUAAAAGUUUAUUGCUGCAUUAGUGAUGUCUUCUCGAGGCUUUUGGACAAUUUAAGCGCACAUACUUUGCAGCUGGUUUAGUUGCUGUCCCGUGAGAAAAACUAAGUUUUUUUGAAAAAGAAAAUUCUAUUUUUGCAUCAUUUUAGACAAUUUUUUAUCGCCAUAUCUGUGCACAAAAAGGUGGAAAAGCAAGAGCAGAUUUUAGAAAAAGCUUAAUGAAGAAUUAAGCUCGCUAUAGAGGACUAACUACAAGCAUUAGUUCUGUCAUUUAGUCUGUUUGAUGCUCUUCAUGUCGAUUUUGGCUUAGGUGUUGCCCAAAACGUCUUGAGUGCUGCGCCCAGGCCUUAUUAUCGUGUGGAAAACCCCUGGACUGUAUUCAGUCCAGACUGGAAAAGCAUCUGAAACAGCAUUUACACCAUCAUCGGACACUAAAACUCUUCACUGAACCUAAACUGUCGACAUUUAUUUUGGGUUUAGCAGCUCUUAAGGAAACCCGUUUUUAUUCAGUCGUAGGGAAAACAAAUGCAGAUCGACUAUGAGAAACUGAAAAAAAUCGCAGAUUGAAUUAAAAGAAUGUGUAAAGAAAAUGUUAUGUGUUAACCUUAAUCUGAUCUGAAGUGGACAAAAACGAAAACAAAAAUAUCCAAUAUUGACCUGAUGUGUGACACACACACACACACACACACACACACACACACACACACACACACACACACACACACACACACACACACACACACACACACAGACUCAUUCACACACAGUGGGAGAUUUUUUGCCUCAAACGGCCCACGAGGGGCGAACACUAGGACCGACUGAAAACACCCACGCCAGAGGCCAUCACUGCUGUGAGACCGGCGACAGGAUUGGAAACACGUGUGAACUAAUACCUGCUCGAGGCCCUGAGCAAAUAUAUAUCGCCUGGGCUAACCUGCUAAUAGCCUUAAUUUGUAAUGUAAACAGUAGAAGAGUUUGACACUCACUCACCUAAGGUGCCUUUUCCUCCGCUGCGCUGCCUCUGCUGCCUUCGGAGGCUGUGGAGGGACUGGGGGUGGGGGGCGACAGCGGCAAAGUUACAGCCAGCCUCCGCCGUGCUAUCUGUUAAAGUAAUUUUCUCUCAAAGAGGAAUUAAUUUCCUUUCUCAGGCGGCCUGCAGCGCCUGUGGCACUGCCCGGGUCGUCCAGCCGGAUCCCCAGAGUGAGGCGUUAUUGUGACUGAUGUGUAAAACCUGUGCGAGCCACGACGACUCUCCAACAACCCGAACAACUCUUAUAUUUCUGAUUUGUUUUUUAUAGACUUUAAUGUGAAAUGUUUAUAUUUUAAAUUAUAAUAGACUGUAUUAGAGACGGUCACAUAGCUGCUGUGAAUUUUAAACAUUUGAAGUAAACAAACAUUUAUACGGUGAUUAUUUAUCUUUCUAUAAAUAAGAUAUAUGACAGAUUUGUUUAUAAAUCUUAAUAAUCUGUAUCAAUUAUUCAGCUGAAAUAUUUUAAUUGCCUUGAUUUGAACCAGAUUUGUAUAAUUUUCCUCAUAAUUUUUCCGUUAAAUCAACAUUAAACACCACUUUGUCAUUUUGCCUCAGACUGAUCAUCAGCACCAGUGACUGAAUGCAAACAAUUCUCUAAAACAGAGUUCUGUACUUUAGUUUAACUUUGAGGUAUUUGUACUUUACUUGAGUAUUUCCAUUUCUCUGCUACUGUAUACUCCAGCUACACGACGUUUCGGAGGCAAAUAUUGUACUUUUUACUCCACCGCAUGUAUUUUAUAACUCCAGUUGCUAGUUACUUCGUAAGUUUCAUGCUGCAUCAGAUCUAAAGCAGCACGUUUUAAAAUUAAUUUAUUUUAUCGCUGGUCGGAUAAAAACAAAUAUAAUUUUAUUAUGAAGUAUUUUUAUUAUUUUAUGUAUAUUUAAUUAUUCUCUUUACAUUUUUGUUUUAAUCGGAGCUUAUUAUAUCUUAUCCCCUCUGUAGAUGACUAAAGGAUUAUCUUAUCUUAUCUCGUCGCUCAUAUUUUGUAGUUUUAUCAGUUGAAGCACAUUUUUUAAAUCUGUUUCAGUUUUAUUUGAACCUUGUUACAGCUCGUAAUAAUAAUAUCAAUCAUUUUUUUCUUUCACUCCCGUCUGUUUGCUGGCGUUUAUUCUUCCUUCACGUCUUGAAAAUGACACUUUUACAGCCUUAAUGAUUUAGCGACACUCUGAUGAGAGCGCUGACGGUGUGAGAUUUGAGUGUUUGAUGUAUUUCGAGGUUAGAGGUGGAUGAAAUAUUUCAUCUUAUACAAACUCAGGAAACAUUUCCGGGAAUUCAUUUCUGGUUGCUGUCGAUGCCUAUGAGCCAGGGAUAGAACUCUCUGCUUGCAUGUGCUGUUCAUAAAUAAUGAUAAAAAAUAUUAAAGGUUCAGUUUGAUUAAACAAUACUUUAGUUGAUUAUCCUUUUAGAUUAGCCCAGAUUUGAACUCCAUGACCUCGUAUUGAAGGUCAAACCUGUAUCUACUUCUGUUGAUUUGAUGAUGUGAGGUGUUUCAUUUCAAAAUAAGAUAAACACUCCAAUAAAAUGACCGGUUACACUAAAUUAAAAUGAACCCUGGGAGGGGUUUUUUUUUUUUUUUUUUUGGGUAGCAGGCAGCGUACUUGCAUGACAAAAUUGAACCCUUAUUGCAGAAUGGAUGCUCUUGCAUUGCAAUGAACAUUAUUACUUUGGAAUAAAACUUUCUAAUAUGCCUUUUAAAAGUAGUGGAGACUCAACAGGAUUUCUGUGUUACACAAACAGACAAAAUGAAGGGCGAAGGAAACCCUCAGAGCUCGGAUGGAAGCAACAAGCUUCCAGAACACUAACAGUAUUUUAAAGGGUCAAAGCUGACAAAGACAGGGUGACACGCACAGUUAACCCCUGACACCUCUCCCCCCUAUCCUUCCACACUCCCUCAGCCCCCCCAGCCCCUCUCCCCCAGGCCCCACCCAUGAACCAUUAAGGCUGUUUUCUCGCAGGAAAGAAAAAGAUGGCCACCGGAGGUCACAUCCAAGUCCAAAAUAAAUUGCUCUCUUUCCUGAGGCUCAGCCAUUUUAAUAGUACAGAUUUAUUGUGCUGUGCUUUUUGGAGGGUGAUCAUAUGUAUGUGGUCAGUAGCGCGUAUGCAGUCUGUGACCCAGCCUCCCUCUCACGUUACACCCUAUUUAUAACAUCCCCUCCGCCGGCUCCCCUCGUUCUGCAGUUCCUAGGAACCUCCUUCUGCUCCCAGCCUCGAGCUCCAGUCCCCUCUUCCUCCUGACAUCUGAGAGGCUCUGCUGCAGCUUAUCCUGGGCUAACUGUUUAUCCUGUACAGCCUGGCAACUGGCCGCAUGCUCCGGAUUAUCACAGGACACCCAUUUCAAAACACACUUUACUUUCUGCUGUGACUAUUCGAGAGUAUCUGAGUUUUUUUAUUUUUUUUAACAGAAGGAAAAAGUUCUGGGAUAGCCGAGGGGAAAAAGAGAAGCAUCUUGGAUAUGUGCUUGUGAUCUUUUUGCUUUUGCUUGAUUUAGUAACUUUAUCCUUUUUUACUCGCCCUUCUUGCCUUUCCUGGAGGGCUGUGUGUGUUUGCACACCAUGGAUCACACACUCUUUGGCUGCCUGCGGAGCCCCCACGCCCCGGCGCAGGCCCUGCAUCCCGCAUUCACCCAGUCCCCCCUGACUCUGCACGGACGCUCGGACCACGUCUCCUACCCUGACCUGGCCUCCUCGUCCUCCUCUUCCUCCACCUCCUCACCGUCGCCCUGCAUCAUCUCCAGCUACCCGGUGGACGACGGCCUCUUUCCCGGGCAGCACCACCACCACCACCCUCACCGCGGCCACCUGCCCUCCCAGCAGCAUCACCACCCGCCUCAGCACCACACAUCUUGGCAUAUCCCACAGAUGCCGUCACCUGGCAGUAACACACGCCACAACCUUUGCCACCCGCACUCCCACUCAUCCCAUGACAACGGGCCCACACCCCCAGACCUGGGCCACCCUGGUGGGCCAAGUAUGUGCGCCAGCACCCCCAGUCUGGGCAGCGGCAGCACCCCUACAGGGGCCUCCUGUGUGCCUGCUGAUUUUGGCAGACAGACUCUGUCACCUGCUGAGGCCGAGAAGAGGAACGGCAAGAGGAAAAGUGACAGUUCAGAGUCCCAGGACGGGAAUUACAAGUCAGACGUGAGCAGCAAACCCAGGAAGGAGAGGACGGCGUUCACCAAGGAGCAGAUCCGAGAGCUGGAGGCCGAGUUCGCCCACCACAACUACCUAACCAGACUAAGGCGCUACGAGAUCGCCGUCAACCUCGACCUCACUGAAAGACAAGUGAAGGUGUGGUUCCAAAACAGGAGGAUGAAGUGGAAAAGAGUGAAAGGCGGCCAGCAGGGGGCGGCAGCUCGAGAGAAGGAACUGGUGAAUGUGAAAAAGGGGACGUUGCUGCCGUCAGAGUUCUCUGGCAUCGCGGCGCUCCACCACUCGACGGACUCCUUAGCCAAUGAGGACAGUCAGGACAGCGACCAGAGCUCCGACCACGCUCACUUAUGAUGCACUCACACCCGACCCCGACCCCGACCCCCCACCCGUAGAGUACAGGCCCUGCCUCAGGACCGUCCUUAGAAGGACUGCUGUUUGCUGAUUCGCCAUCGUCAUACAACGAUGCUAAAUAAGUGUACAAAUGUACAGAGGAAUGUUAUGUAAUGCAGUCAUCACGCAGGCAAAAAUGGAAAUUUCAAGAAGUGAGCACAUAAAGGAGGAUGUUGACAUAUUGGUUAAAAAUGUCCUUGAUAUACGCCCAAGAAAGGGGAAUAAGAUUAGAAUUUAAAAUGUGAUGUUUUGGCGACACAAUAUUGCAGAACAUUUUGGAAAAUCGUAUUAAGUCAAACUGUUGUAAACAUUCCAUAUUGUGUGCCUUAAAAAAAAGAAGCAGACGAAGGUUUUGAUUUGCACUGUUGAACGUCAGUCUGCGCUUCAGUCAGUUGAAACUGUGUAAAAUGUAAAUUACAAUGUAAUUGAGUUAUUGAUCAAAUCACGUGCCAGGAAAUCUGAUUUGCCUUGCUAACAUAAGUGAUGUGUAAAUACUUCUCAGUAAUGUCUUACCUUAACAAUAAUUUUAUACCCACACUAUUCAGCUCACGCAGUAAUAAACACUGACAGUUUUUUUUUUUGUUUUUUUUUUCGGUCUUUUCUGCCUGGAGAUGACAUUUUGUAAGCAAAUCUGGAUCCUGAAAUAAGUGUUUUAUUAAAUCCUUUCAGGGAGAAUUGCAGAUUGAAUAAAAUUUAACCAGUGGUAAAAAAAAAA